AUGGCAGCCUCAAACCCUGCUACUACAACCUCGACCUACAUCGACAUUGCCUCGCUUUCAUCAGACCAAUUCUCUCCAUAUUCUCAUGCCAACAGUCUCAUCCUCGCCACCAAUAACCCCUCAGAUCCCACCAUAGACCUUACAACUCCGCUGUCACGGGUCCUAUUCGAUCUGCAAGAGAUCGACUCACACAUCCAUACAUUGACAUCUCGGUCGGCCCUGGAGAUCUUGACCUACACAUCUAGCCAAAACGCCGCCGCACAAAGAAUCCUUGCCAAGGUCGAAGAUGAGCGAGCGCGGCUUACCACCAGCUACGAACGGCUAGAGAAGGAAGUGAUGGUCCGGCACCAGCGGGCAGUCGACGCGAAGGAGGUGGCUCAACGAAGCUGGGAAGUCCUCCGACUAGGCCGCAAUGUGCAGAGGAUCCUUGCCCUUGCAAGACAGCUCGAGGUGAUUCUGGCCGAGUCGGGCUUGGGAGGUGGUGCGAGGCAUGGAAAAGAGGACCAUGCCGCGCUCACCCGUGCAAGCCUCAUCGUCCUUGCUUUCCGUGAGGCCAUGAGCGGGAAGGAUGGCGACGACCUUGGCCGCAUCAACCUCGUCAAGACCCUGCGCGGUCGGGUUUUUGAAGAUGGCGAGGCUAGGCUUCUAGAUUUCGCCCGACGCGUCGUCCGCGAAUUUUCAAUGACUACACUCUCGUCCACACCUAGCGGUGGACUGUCUACUGCCGGCCCAACAUUUCGCGAAACAGAGGACAGUCGUGCGAGAUUCAUGAGUGCGGUGCAUAUCCUCUAUCUCCUCUCUCCUGCACCCAGAAUCGACGGUGAACGCAUGGCCAAGAAGGACUUUGAGCCCGAGCAUCUGAUCCGUUCGUUGCAAGGAUACCUUCACACAGCCAUCACUUCGAGUGCCGCCUCCAUUGGACGUGCCCUUGGUCAGCUUCCCACAUUAGACAGGGCGUUACUGGAAGCCAGUGCCAGGUGCCAGAAUGUGGUCGCCCUGGAAGUUUUGCUGCGAGGCAUCUAUGCUCCGGAACACCCCCUGUUGCGCGCUGACGGAUCCGACGAAAAUAUCAAGAACACCACUGAUGAGGACAGUGACGAGGAAGAUGGCAUCGAGGACCCUACAGAACAGUCGUCCGAGUCUUUCCUCUCCCUCCUCCUCAACGCCCUUGACACUGCUUCGCUACCAUCUUACUUUUGGCGCUCUCUGGCAUCCUCUCUAGCUCCCCGAGUGUCCGAGAUCCUCAAUCGGGGAGGAGUUGCUGCACGCACGCUUCGGAGUCAACGCGACACUGUCCGAGCGGAAAUACGCGAAUGUGUGCUACGGGGUUCGAAGAUGCCUCGGACCGUUACUCUAGGAAAUAGUGGUGCAGCAGCAAAGGCAGAGCAACCGGUGGAUAACUGGGAAAGAGAAGCUGCUGUCAUGGUUGGGAGUGUCUUGGCUCCGCUAGGACGAUAG